AUGGAAGUUGGCAAGCGCAAGUUCGACAUCUGGUCCCUGUCGCGCGCUGCUCACCACCGUCCACGCCGUGCUCCUCACGCUCGACCCGUCCAAUACCACCCAUGUCACCCGCCCAGUUCCAGUCCUGGUCCCUGUCACUGGUCAUGGCCUCUCGGGUCCCCAGUCUUUCUCUCAUCCUAUUCUCUCUCGCUGGCUGGUGCUCUUUUCACUUUGCCGCCGCCGCCUGGGCUCUUUUGCUCUGCCACCACUGCUACCUUACCACCUUACUUCCCGCCUGCUUAUUCGGCUCCUGCCAACCACGCCGAAAACACUCAAAGUCCAAGGCUGCUCCGCUGCUCGGCUUCGACCUGUCACCUCGCCUCUUCUUCUCCUCUUCCUUCCUAUUCCUAA